AUGUCAGUGAACACAAUUCAACACACCACAAACGGACCAGUUCUUCAAGAUGGAGAGAUUAUCAAAUACAAAACUACUGCUAGGCGACAAGCCUUGGCGGUGGCGCUGCAAGCAAAGCUGGCACCAUUGAAGAUAAAUAUCAACGCCUCCGAAGGACAAGUAUAUGUGACCAACCAAAGACUCAUAUACUUGACGGCCGGAAACGCCUCUCGAGGUGAUAUCGAGACGUUUUGCAUCAACUUCAAUCAGCUUCCAAAAUUGAAGUUCACACAUGCGCUUAAAUCUGCUCUUUUCGGAGCAAACUAUUGGGAAUUCAUGUUCUUCAGCCCCCAGAUGGUAUAUUACUUCAAGGGUCUGAUUACCUUCAAGGACGGUGGCAUGUACGAUUUCGCUAGUGCAAUUAACGACGCUAUCAACGAUGCAAUCAACAAUCCUCACAUUGACGAUGAGUUGCCUAGGUACUCAGAUCUAUGA